AUGUCUAAAUUAUAUACACUACCUACUGAAAUUGUAAUAUACAUCUAUAAACGUGUAAGGUACCCCAUAAAUUUAAUGCGAUGUUGCAGGCGACUAGCAAUAAUAUUUAAAGAUCCUCAAGUGAAAGCUGCAUGGAUUAUUUAUCAAUUUGGAGUUGCACAUUGUCUUUUUUAUGCUGUAAAAUUAGGACCCUCUUUUUUGGACGUAUCUGUUGCGCAAGCAAUAAUCGCACAAGGUGGCAUACUUUCUAGAUAUUUUAUGCAAAGGCUUCAUAUGAAUUUCGGUCCUUAUGAUGAUAAAUUAAUAGAAUUAAAAGCUGCUCAUGGUAUAGGUUUAUCACAAUCUCAAAAUUCACAAAAUAUUCCAUGGGCGAGCAACUUGCCAAUCAUUGUUUAUACAUUCCUGUUAAAAGAGGCAUCUAGAAUAUUUGGUCCUGAUCUUUGCUUAAAAGGUAAUGAUAUUGGACUACUCCAUUUUUAUUCCGGAGGACCACACUCAAUUGAUUACGCUCCACUUAUAUUGGCAAAAAAUAUGGACAAUAUCAAAGAUCUGAUAUUACGUUUUAAAUUCAUUCCACUUCCGCCAAGAAAACUUGAUAUCCAACAGGAAAAUAAUAAUCAAGAUAACAAUACUUCCUCUACUCCUGAGGAGUACCCUUCUAAAGACGGCCACGAAAAUCGACGUCAAUUAAAUAUAAUUGUAAGAUCAAUUGUAAUUUACAAAGACAUCGUUAAUUUAUGGAAAGAAAUUGGUUACUAUGAAAUCUGUCAUGACUUAAAUGAACAUGUAAUGCGAGACGCGCUCAUUAUUAUGUUUUCUCCAACUCUAUCUCCCAGAUGGCCUAAGCCUGACAUUAAGACCAUUAGUGCACGAUUAACUGAGUUAAUUGAAAUCGGAUUUCAUUUAAAUUAUCGUGAUAUUCUUAGCAUCCUUCUCGUAUUCGAAAAAAGAUUAGAAGAAAUUGGCAAAAUCUUAAUAGAAUCAUUUGCAGAAACAAGACACGAAUCACUCGUAAAUUUAUUACGUAAUUGUUUAAUAGAAACAAUUAAUCCAAAAUCAAACUUUAAGAAUCAAAAUAUUCUAAAUUUUAUGUAUGCAUACUUUCCCGACUCCCCUGAAAUUGAAUUGAAUCGAGCAUUUCAAUUUUAUUCGAACUUUGUACAAGUCGAAC